AUGGACAUUUUUGGAGGGAAAAUGGACAAGGAUCCAUGGCCGAUAGAGACAACCAGUAUUGACACAAACGACUGUACAGAAGGCUAUCCGGACAAGUGUCAGUGUCUUUUGGCCAAAAAGGCUUCCAAGCCUAGAAAUGUUUGUACAUGUUUUAAAAGUAAUAAGAAGCUGUUCCAAGGGAAUGUCAUACCCCAUAUCUCCACACAAUCAAUCAAUAAAGAGCAAAAUCCUUUUGAAAGAAGGCUGAAAGGCCACGAUUCUAAGGUGCUUUCUAACUCUAUCCAAACACACUUCUCGUCAGCUAGAGGGUCUCAUACCAAUAAAAAAUACCAGCUUUACAAGACAGAAAUGUGUAGAAGCCAUACAGAGAUAGGCUAUUGCAAGUAUGGUGAUAAGUGCCAGUUUGCACAUAGCAAGGCUGAGCUUAGAUAUGUUCAGAGGCAUCCAAAAUACAAGACAGAGACAUGUAAGACUUUCUGGGAAGAAGGAAGCUGCCCUUAUGGAAAAAGAUGCUGUUUCAUCCAUAUUCCAAACACCGACAUAGGCAAUCUCCCGGUUCAUAACCACCAGAAAGACAACAAGAGAAGUUAUAGGGAUUAUGAACUGGUAUUGGGAGAGAUAGAUGAACACUCGGACGAUAGGCUUAUUUGCAGUAAAAUUGAUGGGCCCGUCCUACUAGUGGAGAAAGACCUUAACCAGACCGAUGAAGAGGUGGGAAGGAACGCGGGAGAAAGGUUUGAUAAGUCUCGGAAUGUAUUCUCUGGUGAAAUUCAUAUCUUUAAUCAUUCUUUCUAUAAAUCUUCCAGGCAAUCCUUUGAACCUAUUAUUGAGGACGAGUUUAAUGGGGAGGUCAUGCUUCGAAGGCCUUUCUGGGAAUCCAACUAUUCCAAAAUAUGGUUGGAUUCGGAGGCAUCACUGUUCUACUUGGAAGGCCCUUGUAGAAAGCAAUCCAGGGGUGGGGUCUUUGCGCCCGGAGGAUAUGUAUAUAAGCCUUUCAACAAAAAGGUAUCUGAUUUUGUACUUGGAUACUUAGGAAUGUAA